AUGGCCGAGGUUGCCUAUCGAUCAAAUGCCUCUCGAAUCGCUGACGAGGAGCGAGAUGUACGAGUGGAAGACUACUUGAAUGACAAAUUGCAAAACACCACCGACUUGGCAAACAUCGAUUCCCUGCUGGAGGAUGUAAAGGCUCAGCAGGUCCUGCUCCAGCAGCAGCUACAAGAGGCCAAGAGAACUCUCGACGAGAACACAAAAGUAUCAGUGGCACACUCGAACGAUCUCCAUCAACGUGCAAGACAAUUCCAGUCGCAGCAAAAUGACGUAGAUCGUCGCUUAAUGAUUGUUACCCAAUCCGAGACAAGUGAUGAUGCUGUACGAAAAUUUGAUUCUAGCAUGGAAGGCCUGCGAAAGCUGGACGUGGCCCAGGAAUAUAUGGAACUGCUUGCGGAGGUUGAGAACCUAAGCGCUGGAGCACGCCGCAACUUCAAAAAGUCUCCUCGAGAUGCCCUUCAGCCAUACCUCCGGCUCCAAACCCUCGUCAAUGCUCUGAAAGAUGCUCAGCCUGCUGCCGAAGAUGCCGCACCACACUUAAUAGACCAUGUCGAUAGAACUGCUCGUACAUUGUGGAGGCAGAUGAAAGACGCCUUCGCUGGUGAAUUUGAAGCUACGCUGAGGAAAAUGCAGUGGCCAGGGAGAGACAUCACUUUGGACGGACAGCUGGAGCGAGAAUGGACUGGUGGCGUUAGAAAGCUACUCGAGCUACAAGAACCAGAAUUGAAAGCCAAAGACAGUCGGACUGCGGACAGUACAAAAGGAGAAGAACCUCUGGUGCUUCUCCCACUGGAGGUCAUGACCAAACCCUUGGAACUCCGAUUCAAGUAUCAUUUUGAGAGUGACAGACCAACGAACAAGCUCGACAAGCCUGAGUACUUUCUCUCACACGUCAUUAGUCUGCUUAAUACCUACGAUGAAUUCUUUGCAACGUACUUGCAGCCCAUACUGCGGGAAUAUUUCAGAUCGUCAAACCUAGCACUGACAUCCAUCUAUAUUGACUCUACAUCUGCGCUCAUCACCGCUUUAUUACCAAUGCUCCGCCGCAAAAUAUUUGCUCUGAUGCCCCAAAUCUCCCAGCAGCCGCAACUCUUGAGUCACCUUAUACAUGAACUCAUGACCUUCGACGUCAGCUUAAGAAAUGAAUGGAAUUACGAUGGAGGUAACGCUAUUGAGGGAUGGAAAGGUCUGACCUGGGAAGUCUUGGUCAAGAAGGAUUGGUUCGGCCGAUGGUUAGAAGUGGAGAAGAAUUUCGCCUUAUCUCGAUAUCAGAACAUCAUCGAUGCGCCGGAAAGUGGAGAGAUCGACUACGACAGCGUUGACCCAGGGGCCACCAAGCCUACUUACGCUGCUAUUAGAGUCAACGACCUCCUCGAGACGAUUACAGAUCGCUAUAGACCAUUAACAUCCUUCUCCCAGAAACUUCGAUUCCUAAUCGAUAUUCAGAUCACGCUAUUUGAUCGCUUCCACUCCCGCUUUCACGACUCCCUGGAAGCCUACCUGGCGAGGACAUCCUCCAUCGCCCGCACAGUCCAAGGAGUCUCCCGCGAAACCCAAGCCGAACUCCAAGGGCUUGGCGGCCUGGAACGCCUGUGUCGUAUCUACGGCAGCGCAGAGUAUCUGGAAAAGAAGAUGCGCGACUGGAGCGAUGAUGUCUUCUUCCUGGAUCUUUGGGAUGAGCUGCAAGAUCGUGCUCGUCGGAGUACCGGGAAGAAUCUUGCAGGCCCUAUGAGCGUGGAAGACGUGGCGGAACGCACCUCCAGCACUGUUGGCUCAGAAGAGGACUCUGGCGCUCUUUUUGACGAGACAGCGGGAGCGUAUAGACGCCUGCGUGUCCGUACAGAAGGUGUUAUCCAGGACAUGCUUAUCUACAGCCUUCGCGAGUCUCUUCGACCAUAUGGCCGCAUCAACCCAUGGUCGUCUCUUUCCGUGGAGUCUAACUCAUUCCUCAGUCUAACGGCUGAGCUGGAUGCUACUGUCCAGCAGUCAAACGAUUACCUGUCCUUCCUCUCCAAGGUCCUGGCGCAGGCGCCAUUGAGACGCAUUGUGCGCCAAGUGGCGCUCGCUAUACAGAUGUUCCUGUGGGAUCAUGUACUAAUGCGUUACACCUUCUCUGCGAGCGGUAUUGCACAGUUCCAGAGGGACGUAGAAGUCGUUUGGGAGACCAUGGACCGGUGGUUGGGGGAGGGCCAAGGAGAGACAGGGAUGCGGAGAUUGAAAGAAGGCUUGGUGCUCCUGGGGCUACCUGUGAAGAGGGAAGAAGGCGAGGAGAAUGGAGAUGAAGAUGUUGGAUUGGGCUUGUGGGAGGUAGAAAGAAGGGUGUUUCGAAAUAACGAAAGUGGACGGGAAGUCCUGGACGAAUUAGGUCUGGAGGUGCUGAGUGAGAGUGAGGCAAGGCAUGUGCUAGAGAGGAGGAUAGAGCUGGGUCAUUAG